AUGGCAGGGUGUAUGGCCAAUGAUAGUAACUGGAAGAAAAUUGCGAGGAAAUCGAAUCUUGCCUUCUCUCUUUUCUGUGGUGGCUCUGACGAUAUAGAAAUUCGAACACCUUUUGGAGCUUCCGACAUGAACUACCCUGUCGAUGCAGUGGCAACACCCGAUAUUCGGCCUGCGACGGAAACCCAGCAUUUCAGCUUGUAUGCAUGUGCAGGCAUUGAUAUGCAGCUAGUCUAUGUAACGUACCUUGGGCAAACACCGACGUUGCAGCUCCGCGUCCGUCAUUCUGUGGCAAGAUGCAGCAAUCUUCCAGUCUGGACUUCUUCUCAUGGAUUGUAUGGAAUUUUGUGCCUUCGGCGAUUCCGAUGCCGUAUUUUGGGUGAUCUUUUUAUGGAAGGGAGCGUUUGGCAAGCCGACAGCUCCCCUCCGAGCUAUGACGAGGUCGCCGGAAAGCUGGAUGGCCUCCUCGGCACUAAUCCAACAGUCGAGAAGGCCCUCGAGGCUGCUCGCUCACUUUCCGAUGAGGAGAUCAAUGUCCUUGCCAAUGGUUACGAAGAUCGCAAGCCACUGCAGACAGAUCAGCAAAAAGCCGAUUUUGCUGUCGGUGCAGGACAACACCUUUCGUCCGAGGAAGGUCAAAACGGGAUGGCGCAGGCAGGAACAGCAGCAUCUCAGGCAUCGUUCGAUAUUGAUAAACGUCUCAUUGAUAUUCAGCAAAAGCUGGCUGUCAUUGACCAGAGAUAUAACGAGGGGUUUGCGGACACCAUUGCUGGUAUUCGCCAGCUACCCCGUAUGCAACUAGCUUCGAGAAUUCCUACUAACAGCCUAUUGCAACCGCAGAAUACCAACGGCUUUGAGGCGACCGCCAAAGACAUCCAAGAACAAUACUCCAACGUCAAGAGCAAAUUUUCAUCCUUCGUAGAAACAUACUCAACAUGGGCCGAGGACAAAGAAGGAGAGCUGACACAACAAAUCGCUGAUCUAGAGGAGGAAAUUCGCAGCUUGACACAGGAGCUGAACUCAAUUGAAGCUGCCCAGAAAGUAAUGGCCGCACUCGCAGGAGCGGCGAUCCCAAUUGCAGGAGCGCUGGGGACCAUCUUCGAGCCUGUUAAGCCGUUGAUUCUUAUUGGGGGCCUCAUUUUCGCUGGCGUCGCUCUCGCUGCCUCUAUUGGUCUACUCAUUGCCGCUGAACGAGUGAAAAACAAGAUAAACCAGAAGACAUUUGAGAAGGAGGAUCUCGAACAGCUUCUAGAGAAUAUCCGAAGUGCGCGCCAGGAUCUGCAGGGCAUGCAGCAGAGCGGGUUGCUGUCUUUCCAAGCCUGUCUCGAUGUACUUCCUCAGUACUGGAACUCGACUGUUCAGAAUGCAGAGUCAAUUCAUGACUGGUUGGAGAAAGGCGCUGAAACUACGGCCCGUCCCAUGUAUAUGAACCUGAAUGUCGAAAAGGGCGUAGCGUCUUGUACGUUCAACCUUCUCGUGCUGUAUGAGAAUUUUGCUAACAUUUAUAGAUAA